AUGGCUGCCUCUGCCGCACUCAAGAGCCGGGUACGCCGGCCGUCCUAUCUGAAGAAACUGGCCAAGGCAGAGGAUUUGAUUGAUCUGUUUCCCCAUGGCUCGUACAUCGGCUGGUCCGGUUUUACAGGUGUUGGAUAUCCCAAGAAAGUCCCCAUUGCUCUGGCAGAUCAUGUCGAAAAGAACAACUUGCAGGGCAAGCUCAAGUAUAACCUCUUCGUGGGCGCUUCGUCCGGGGCAGAGACAGAGAACCGCUGGGCGCGCCUCAACAUGAUUGAGCGGCGUAGCCCGCACCAGGUCGGAAAGGAAAUCGCGAAGGGCAUCAACAAUGGCCAGAUUAAGUUCUUCGACAAGCAUCUCAGCAUGUUUCCCUCGGAUUUGGUUUAUGGCUACUACACGCUGAACAAACCUAACAACAGACUGGAUGUGGCCGUUAUCGAGGCCUCUGCCAUCACUGAGAAUGGUGGUAUUAUCCCCGGUGCGUCCGUCGGUGCCUCGCCGGAAUUGGUCCAAAUGGCCGAUAAAGUCAUUAUUGAGGUGAACACCGCAAGCCCGUCUUUCGAGGGCCUGCACGACAUUGUGGGGUCCGACCUUCCCCCAGGCCGCAAGCCCUACCUGAUCAUGGCCCCCGAGGACCGAAUUGGUACCUCUUACAUCCCGGUUGAUCCGGAGAAGGUUGUUGCAAUCGUGGAAUCCGACUACCCCGACCAGACCCAACCGAACGCGCCCGAAGAUGAAGGUUCGCAAGCUAUCGCCACCAAUUUGAUCGAGUUCCUCAAGCAUGAGGUCAAACACGGCCGUUUACCCCCGAACCUGCUACCCAUCCAGUCCGGUAUUGGCAACAUCGCCAACGCUGUUGUCGGCGGCCUGAGCAAGGGUGGUGCUGACUUCACCAACCUGAAGGUCUGGACCGAAGUCCUGCAGGACUCAUUCCUGGACUUGUUUGACAGCGGAAACCUCGACUUCGCAACCGCGACCUCCAUUCGCUUCUCGCCCGAUGGAUUCAAGCGUUUCUACGACAACUGGGAGAAGUACGCCGGCAAGCUGCUCCUGCGCUCGCAGCAAGUCUCCAACUCGCCUGAGAUUAUUCGCCGCCUCGGCUGUAUCGGCAUGAACACCCCAGUCGAGGUCGACAUCUAUGCCCACGCCAACAGCACCUGUGUCAUGGGUUCGCGCAUGCUUAACGGUCUUGGUGGCUCCGCCGAUUUCUUGCGCAACGCCAAGUACAGCAUCAUGCACACCCCCAGCACUCGUCCUAGCAAGGUCGACCCCACCGGCGUCAGCUGCAUCGUUCCCUUCGCCACCCAUAUUGACCAGACCGAGCACGACCUGGACGUCAUCGUCACCGAGCAGGGCCUCGCUGAUGUCCGUGGUCUGUCUCCCCGCGAGCGUGCUCGCGUCAUCAUCAACAAGUGCUCCCACCCGGAUUACAAGCCUAUUCUGACUGACUACCUCGACCGCGCGGAGUUCGAGUGCCUGCGCAAGGGCAUGGGCCAUGAGCCGCAUCUGCUUUUCCAGGCGUUCAAGAUGCACAAAAACUUCCAGGAGAAGGGCACGAUGAAGAUUGACUCGUGGGAGUAA